UGAUGAACAACAUUCUCUUCAUAAAUGCAGCCAUGAUAUUCUAAUAGUUAUUUAGUUAAUUCAGCUGUUGUAGUCAUUAAUAAAUUAAAAAUGGGAAAUUGCACACUAAAAUCAACAGAGUCAGAAGAUUAAACAGGUAUUAGUCUUAACUUAUUUUAGUCAUCUCUAUCUCUAAUUUCACACAGAGGAGUGUUAUAGGCAAGGGAGGCUUUGGAAAGGUAAGAUUAAAGAAAAUAAUAAAGGAAAUUAGGUCUGGAUGGUUGAGAACAAAAAGUCAAAAAGUUUAUAUGCUAUGAAAAUAAUGUCAAAAGCUAAGUAAUUAAUCUAUCUAAUUGAAAUAGGAUUAUAGCAAAGAAAAGUGUUUAAUCAGUAAUGAAUGAAUUAUAAUUACUUAGUUAAUUGAAACAUAAGUAAAUGCAAUCAAUUUAUAUAGUUUUAUUAUUAAUAUGUAAGCAGCAUUCUAAGAUCGAGACAAUCUCUACUUAGUAAUGGAUUUAUUAACAGGUGGAGAUUUGAGAUAUCAUCUAUGUAAAUAAAGGAAAUUUACAGAAGAACAAACUAGUACAUUUAAUUAAAUAAAAUAGAAUUCUUUGUUGUUUGUAUUAUAGUCUCAUUGGAAUAUUUACAUGUAAAUGGAGUUCUCCAUCGAGAUGUGAAACCUGAAAAUCUAGUCUUUGAUGAUAAAGGUUACUUAAAAUUGACAGAUAUGGGAAUUGCUCGUUAAUGGAAACCUGAAAAUGCAUAAGAUACUAGUGGUACACCUGGAUAUAUGGCUCCAGAAGUUAUGUGCAGUAAGAAUUACAAUUUUUUAAUCUAAUUAAAUAGGAUAAAAUCAUGGAGUAGGUGUUGAUUAUUAUGCACUUGGAGUUAUUGUUUAUGAAUGUAUUAUGGGAAAACGACCAUAUGUUGGCAAAAGUAGAUAAGAAAUUAGAGAUCAAGUCAUAGCAAAAUAAGUUCAAAUUAAAAAUACAGACAUACCCACUGGAUGGUCAUUAGAGGCUGUUGAUUUUGCCAAUAAAGUAUUAGUUCUUGAUUAAGAGUAAGCUCAUUUAAAGAAAACCUGCUAAUAGAUUGGGUGUAAAUGGUCCUGAUGAAGUUAAGGCCCAUUAAUGGUUUAAAGAUUAUUCUUGGGAUAAAUUAUUGGAUAGAUAAAUAACAGCCCCAUAUAUUCCCAGAGAGGAUGAAAUGAUUUCAAUAGCCAACGAAAAUCGUAGAGAUUCUGCUAAUGAAAUUGAUCCAGAAAGUGUAUUAAGUUUAAGAAGAAACUCAAUCUAAGGUAUUCAUACUUAUUGAUUUUUAGCUUAAUUUGGUGGCUAUAGUUUCAAUGGAAGCAAUAAUAAUAAUAAUAAUGCUAAGCCUCAAUCCACUAAUGUUAGUGUUCCAGCAAUAUUGUCAACAAAGGCUAAUUGA